AUGGUCCGUGCUAAAAUGAUAGCCAGAUGGGUGGCUCUAAUAGCCCCAAUUAUACUAGUAUACAUACCGGGUGGAACUACAAUGUCACUGCCCAAUGUGCGGAGGGAAAGGGGCCUUGCUAAAGUGCGCCAUUCAUUUAUAGCUAUGCGUUUUUUCGGACAGCUAGAGACACACAGACAAGACAACCCAGACAGCACCAGCGACCUGGACUGGGAAUGUGAAGGGAAGGGUAAUGAUAUCCACGGAUUGAGUAAGCUUGUUCAUAUUGCAACAACAAUAUCCAGGCAACAGGACAUAGAUUUUUCAGCUGAGUUGGGGCUGCUUUCAAGGACAGAGGGUGGGUCUGAGGUUUCCAACAGGCCUGACAAUUUUCUAAAUAAGACGCGUGGUCACAACGUAAACCUUAGAGAGAUUUGGGAACGUAUCAAUUUGGUAUCGAGCUUGGUUCCAUGGUCAAUGAACGAAACACCAAUGUUUUUGAAGUUGAAUGGGCUAACCAUGAGACAUUCUUGUAAGAUUUUCCUAAUUUCCCUACUCGUGAGCAAGGAGAGUCUUAAAAGGAAGGAGUUAUUACAAUCCAGCCCAAUCCAUUGUCUACCGAUUGUUAAGGUUUAUCCAUUCGAGUCCAUUGCUCAUAGACCUAUGGCAAGGACCAAGUCAUCCAAGUAG